AUGAUUUUUAAUGUUGUGAAAAUACCUUUUACCAUUAAGUAUACUAUAGAAGCAAACACGAAGAUAUCCUAUAUGGCUAGUCAUACUAGAAGAGCCUUGUUUUCGCGGAAUGCUACGCUAUUAGCAGCAGGUCUCGCAAUAGUAGGGGCAUUUGUCGCUUACUCGUGUUCUCAGGCUAAAUCAAAGCAAGAGGAACAACCUAAAUCCGACGAAUAUCGGGGUUCAAAAUGCAUAAUAUUAACUCCAAGAGUUAGAGAAGUGAUCAAUUUGAAGUCCAUUCUUAAAACAAAUGCAGUGGUAUUGUUACCUCCAGGUGUGCUACUUCACGAAGAAGAUAUAGACGAGGGGAAUUCUUACAAAGUCAUACCUUGUGACUCAUGGAAAGGUGUAUGGGCAUGUGUUCGUCACCUACGGUUUGACAGCUUGUUGCUGAAUUCAAAUAGUAUUCCAGAUACUAUUCCACAUGACAUAGCGAGAUAUGUUAGCCAAAUGGUUGAACUUUGA